UAUAAAAAUGGAGGGCUUUCAGUCUUAACUGUACCUGUGAUUUCAGGGAUGAUUUAUGAUGGAGGAAACCACUGAAGAACCCAGCAUGGAUUCAUCUGUUGCAAACAGCAGUAACUCACUCUUUUCGCAUUUUGAGUCCUGCCAGCCAUCUCCUCCUGCCGUCUUCUUGCUCGUUACAGCUUAUGCUGUAGUCACCUUGGUAGGGCUACUUGGCAACCUUUGUUUGAUCGUUAUCAUCAGGAAACAGAAGGAAAGCCAAAACGUCACCAACAUUCUGAUUGCCAAUCUCUCUGUUUCUGAUAUCUUCAUUUGUAUCAUGUGCAUUCCUUUCAACGCUGCCUACACUCUGAUGGAUUACUGGGUGUUUGGAGAAGCCAUGUGUAAAAUAAGUGAUUUUGUACAAAGUAUAUCUGUUACUGUCUCUGUUUUCUCACUUGUACUCAUUGCAGUUGAGAGAUACCAGCUCAUAGUGAACCCGCGUGGGUGGAAGCCAACUGUUUCACAUGCAUUCUGGGCCAUUAUCUUUAUCUGGGUUUUUGCUCUAAUAAUAUCAACUCCUUUCUUUAUAUUCCACCAAGUGACAGAUGAACCCCUUAGAAACCUUUCUUCUCACAGUGGCGUCUACAUGAACAAAGUUCUCUGCAUUGAAGUGUGGCCAUCCCUUGAAGAACGGCUUGGCUAUACCACCACCAUGUUUUUUUUCCAGUACUUCUUCCCACUCGGGUUCAUUUUUAUCUGUUAUCUAAAGAUAUUUGUCUGUUUGCAAAAAAGGCAUGGUAAAAUAGACAAGGUAAGGGAAAAUGAGAGCAGGCUAAACGAGAGUAAAAGAAUUAAUAUUAUGUUGAUUUCUGUUGUCGUGACCUUUGGAGCAUGUUGGUUACCUCUGAACAUAUUUAACAUUAUGUUUGACUGGAACUAUGAAGCCCUGAUGAGCUGCCAUCAUAAUGUGGUUUUCACAUUGUGCCAUUUAGUGGCCAUGAUUUCAACCUGUGUGAACCCGUUCUUCUAUGGCUUUCUCAACAAGAAUUUUCAAAAGGAUUUGGUCGUUCUGCUCCACAACUUCAGAUGCUUUGAAUCUCGAGAGUUAUAUGAGAACAUUGCCCUUUCAACGGUUAACACAGAUGUGUCAAAGGGAUCUUUGAGACUGAACAAUAUGCCCACAAGUAUCUGAAACAGGCAGCCUCUCAACCAUUUACUUACCUUUGUACUGAAUUAUUGUCCUGCCAGAUGUUCUUGUAUCAUAUUGUGCUGUUCUUGCUCUUUUUACCAGUGAUGUAAAAGAGUCUUCUACAUGUUUACAGAACCAUGUGUGAGAUUUCACCAUAUGUGAGACCUAAAAUAGCCUCCAAAUGAAUGAAAUUUAUGUCAUCAAUAAAAUAUGUUAAAUCUAGCAGU